GAUUCUGCACUCCAAAAAGGAGGAGAUUUCAAGAACAAAUCCUUUUAUUUUUAUUUUCAUUUUAAUCCAAAGUUUUAUUUCAAAUUAAAAAAAAAAAAACAUUUUCCAAUCCCACAGAAUAUUUUAUCUUGCAAUCAAUCUGGUGCACAAAUACAAUGAAGAAGAAUCAAUAAAUAUGCAUAUAAACACAAAUUUCAUCUUCAAGAACUCAUUAUUAGUAGGGUUCUAUUCAAAUCAAAUCAAACCAAACCAGAACCAAGAACCACCACUCCUUCAAUUUUCUUUAUGAUUACAUUUUCAUUUCUUGAUUCCCUUCGAAAAUCAAAAUUACCCAUCACCCAACGAAUCUUUAUCAUCGUCUCCGUUCUUUUUCUAUUAAUUCUUGAACAAUCUUGCCCAAUUUUCUGUUCUUCUAUAGCCAAGAACCGCCAAUACCAAGAACAAGAAACCGCCAUGAAGGUGCAUCCGAUGCCCAAGAAACGAAACAACAUAACAAUCCAGUUCUACACCGAUCACCGGCGGGACCCAGAUGGGUCCCACACCAAGAAGCUGAGGCGGCUACCCCACAUCUUCAGCCGUGUUCUUGAGCUUCCAUUCCGGUCGGAUGCUGACGUGUCGGUGGAGGAAAACCCUGAUUGUUUCCGAUUUGUAGCGGAAACCGAUGGUAUUGGAGAAGUAAGGGCCCACACUAUUGAAAUCCAUCCUGGGGUUACUAAGAUUGUGAUUAGGCCUAAUGGGUAUCUUGAAUUGUCUUCGUUGGAUGAUUUGGAGUUGGAUGUGUGGAGGUUUCGGUUGCCGGAAUCGACGCGGCCGGAGCUUGCUAGCGCGGUUUUAACGGACGGGGAGUUGAUUGUCACGGUGCCGAAGGGGGAUGAGGAGGUGGAGGAUAAUAAUGGAGAGUUUAGAGGAGGAUGAACUGUGGACUUGUACAAGCUAGUACUAGUAUUGUGCAGCACUGAUUGAAUACCUUUUUUUUUUCCAAUAUUAUUAUUUAAUUAAAAGAUAAGAUUGAUACCCACGUUUUCUUCUUUAAAAUGAGACAUAAAGAUGAUAACCCUACGUGGAUUUUCCAAGACUGGAAUUUCUUAUGCCAAUACGGCAAUGCCUUUUUAUUUGCUUUCAUUGUGACAUAUCAGAGAAUUUCUUAAAGGGAAACCAUCAAUCGUCCAUUUGAAACUUACAUUCAA